CAGCCGAAUUGUGUUUUAACUCGCUGCUACGGAGUGUUGAGUGAGCCUUUGCUGCCGCCGGCUGUGUCGCUCGCCGCCGUUCAAUCCCUUCUAGUUCUAGGAUAAAGCCAUCUUUGCUGCUUCGAAAAACUAGCCCGUGUUGUUUUGAAGUGAGUAUAUAAGCAUUAUGAGAACAACAUUAGUGAGACAGAAGGGUAUUAGCAUUUAUAGGAAAUAUUACAGCAGUCUCUGUUGUCCUAAGGUAAAUUUGAAUGAGAUACUUCCUUCAACAAAAAUACGCUCAUUUAGCAGCUCAAACAGCAAUUACUCUGAUGAAUUCACUCAGUCCAACUAUCCUCCUCCUCCUGAUCCUAUACCGAAUAGACCCUUAAGAGGUGAUUCCAAAAGGCCCUUAAGAGAUGAUUCCAGAAGGCCCUUAAGAGAUGAUUUCAGAAGGCCCUUAAGAGCUGAUUCCAGCAACAACUUCACCCAUUCUACAACUCUUAGAAGAUCCGGUGAGAACAAUGGAGGUCAAAUGAAGUCUCAGGAUAGUGAAGAUUUUCUGAAAAGAUUUCAGCUUGGAUUUGAUCGUAAAGAGGAAAACCCAAACACGAACACUGCAUUCCACCCCAAAGGUGAAAGUAGCGACUCUCCUGUUUCGGAGGCACCUCCAGCUCCACCAGAAGAUGCUGAUGAGAUAUUCAAGAAAAUGAAAGAAACUGGCCUAAUACCAAAUGCUGUAGCAAUGCUUGAUGGGCUUUGCAAGGACGGCUUGGUACAGGAAGCGAUGAAGCUCUUUGGCCUGAUGCGUGAAAAGGGUACAAUACCUGAAGUUGUUAUCUACACUGCCGUGGUAGAUGGCUUUUUUAAAGCCCAAAAAUUUGAUGAUGCUGUGAGGAUUUUCCGUAAAAUGCAAGGUAAUGGCAUCAUUCCUAAUGCUUUUAGUUACGGUAUCUUAAUCCGCGGGCUCAGUCAGGGUAAGAGAUUAGAUGAUGCCCUUGAGUUUUGCUUGGAAAUGUUGGAAGCUGGACAUUCCCCCAACGUGGUGACGUUUGUGACUUUGGUUGAUGGAUUUUGCAAGGAGAAAAGUCUUGAAGAUGCCCAAAACUUGAUUAAAACGGUGAGGCAAAAAGGCUUCAUCGUUGACGAUAAGGCGGUUCGGGAAUAUUUGGACAAGAAAGGGCCAUUUUUGCCAGUGGUUUGGGAGGCAAUCCUUGGGAAGAAAGCUUCACAGAGGCAAUCUAUUUUCUAAGUUUUUUUUUCAUCUGAAAUAUUCUAAAGUUUUAUCGACAUAUGGACAAGCUGUAUGAGUAUUAUCAUUUUAUUCAAAUUUCAAUAGCUUUUUA